AUGCCCUAUGACUCCACGGAACCACCACCACAAGAGGAGGUAAAAACUCUGGUGACCUAUGCGGAGNCGAGGGGACUUGAACUCCUGCUGGGUUGUGAUGCAAACUCCCACCACGUAGGGUGGGGAAGCUCAAAUAUCAACCCGCGGGGGGAGAGUCUGCACGACUUCUUGAUGGGUACAAGAUUAUUUAUCCUCAACAGAGGAAAUAAGCCAACAUUCCUGGACUCUAGAAGACAGGAAGUUAUUGACAUUACAGUUUGUACGGAGAAGGUGACGAGUCUGGUGAGGGACUGGAGGGUUUCGAAUGAACCCUCCGGCUCUGAUCACAGACACAUACGCCUAACUCUCCAGCAACCACCACAAAUUAGCUGGAUUCGUAACCCACAAAAAACUGACUGGGAAGGCUAUAGGGCCGACCUUAAAGCACAGCUUGUUGAGGCCCCAACCAGUUUUAAGACCAAAAACAAUUUGGAAAACGCGGCGGACUUUUUAAAGAACGCCAUUACGAAUGCCUAUGAAUUAAACUGCUCGCCGAGACCCAGGAACCCGGUGACCAAGAUCCACUGGUGGAACAAAGGGCUUGAAAAGCUCAGGUCGGAAACGAGAAAGAGAUUCAACAAAGCAAAAAGAACCGGACUUGCUGUGCACUGGGAAGCUUUUAGAUCCUCCCAAAAAGAUUACAGCAAGGCAAUAAAGAAAGCAAAAUUUGAAAGCUGGAGAUGCUUCUGUGAAAACAUUGAGAGUGCCCCGGAGGCAUCCAGGCUUUACAGAAUCCUCAGCCUAGAUCACCGUCCCCAAUUGGGCUGUCUUAAGCUCCCAACGGGAAAAGUCACCGAGGGGACAUCGGACACAUUAAAACAUUUAAUAGAAGUCCAUUUCCCAGGUUUUGAUCAUAACAUACAACCCGGCAGGUCAAAGCCCAGAGAAUACAAACCCAGAGAGUGGGGCCUGGCGGCCGAGAUUGUUUAUCCAAAGGGGGUUGAAUGGGCUGUUAAGACCUUCAACCCAUAUAAAUCACCUGGAUCGGAUGGUAUCUACCCGGCCCUUCUUUAG